AUUAAACUUUUUCUUCUGUUAACUGCAGAUGGCCUCAAGAAGAGGACAAGGGACAUCUCCUCCUAUGCCUCCUGGUGCCACGGGAGUGGCUGCAACCGGACAAGCUUCAUCCUCCCGUUCAAAUAGCUAUCCGCAAAUGUCUCUCAAUGCCAUGUUCAAUGCUCCUGCUAGGAUAUCCCAGCCACACCUCCAUCCUGAUAAGAUCAAUGGAGCGUUAUGGUUUUCUAUUGACCCAUCAGUGAAUGCUUUCAUCCGUGCAACAUGGCAAGCAUACUACAUGGGACCUUGGAAGAGUUGGAGGUCUGUCCCUGACGAAAGGAGGGAUUCAUGGUGGCAGACGUUUGUGCAAAAUUUCUACUGGGAGCAACAGUUUAAUGACUUGGUCUAUGCUCUCUGGAAGAAGGAAACAUGGACUUCGAUUGGUGAACGGAUUAGCACCAAGAAGAGGAAAAACAAGCAGCCAAAGUACAUCAAUGAGAAUGACUGGACGACCCUUAUGGAGUAUUGGGCGACAGAACCAGCCAAGAAGAAGAGCAAGAAAGCUGCUAAAAGCCGCAAGUCUGAUCCUCUGGGUAAAGGGGUAUACAAGCACAAUGCAGGACCGGUUGGUUUUGCAAGAAUUGAAUACAACAUGACUGUGGAGACUGGUGAACCUCCAUCCUACACAGACCUUGUCAGGAGGACACACACGAAAAAGGAUGGGACGUUUGUGGACUAUCGUGCAGAAGAACUGGUAACUCAAGCUGAGAUGGAAGCUACUCAGGUCUCUAACACUAACAGUGAUGGAUCACCUCAAAGUCCAUCAGCAACCUCAGCUCCUUCUCGCAUCCUGUUAAACCAAGCUUAUCUGAAGAAUGCUAAAGGUAAGAGGGGGCAUAUCUACGGACUUGGCAGUGCCCAGUAUAGGGAACAUGCGCCAUCUGCAAGAGUCCCUGCUUCUCUGGCCCGCAACUUGGAGCUGGAGUUGCGAGUGAGUGGACUAGAGACAAGCUUCCAAAGUGUGAUUGAUGAUGUAAGUGCAGUGAAGGCUGAUGUAGGUGCUGUGAAGGAGGAUGUGGCAACAAUGAAGGAGGACUUCGCAGCAACAAGGGCUGCAAUCGCUGAGCUCAUCCAAUCACUUCGACCCCAAGCUAACCCUCAGCAACAACCCCCUUCUACUCAGUCUCAAGACCCUUCGACUCAGGCUUAGAGGCAUGUUUAGCAUCUUUCUAUCUAAUCUUAAAACUCUCUUUUGGCUUUUAGAUGCAUGUGUAGCAUCUUUUGAUCUCUUAUGUACUAUCCUUUUGUUCUUAAGACUCAAUGCACUUGUUUAAUAUCUAAUCUUCUUAUGUUUAGCUUUUGUAAACCAACUUUCUUAUGAUUAUAAUUUCAUGUUUAAUUUCAAUUGUGUUUUAUGGUUAAAAUUAGAAAUAGAAAUUGAAAUAGAAAUUGAAAUAGAAAUUCAAAUAGAAAUUGAAUUAGAACCAGAAUUAUAAAAAAAAACACGGUUAACCUUAGCCACGACAAAGCCGUGGGUACAUAACCACGAUACUAACAAGAAAAAUUCGUGGCUAAGAUUUCCCACGAAAACAUAGUGGCAAAUUCGUGGCUAAGAUUUCCCACGAAAAUAUAGUGACAAAUUCGUGGCUAAUAUUUCCCACGAAAACAUAGUGGCAAAUUCGUGGCUAAAAUUUCCCACGAAAAGAUAGUGGUAAUCUUCGUGGCUAGACGUAGCCACGUUCCAGACAGGGUAGAACAGUGGUUAUAAAAGCCACGAAACAAUCGUGGUGAAACCGUGGCUAAUAAGCCACGCUAAGCCACGGUUUUUCGUAGUCACGAAGCUAUAGCCACGGUAGUUUCUCGACAUAGAAUCGUGGCUGGUAAUGAGAUAGCCACGGUUUUUGGCUUAUGUACCCACGAUUUGUUAGUGACCUUUUCGUGGCUAUACGGUGUAUUUUUACUAGUGUGAGCAGACAUAGGAAACUGGUUUUCUUUGCAAGGCUCAGAUUGUUGGUGUCCUCAAAUAAAAUGGAUGGUCCUUUGUUUCUUGCAUCAGUUGCAGCAGGAAGCUUACAAAAUCCGUCACUUUCUUCAGUUGCAACCGAUAUCUUUCUUCCAACCUGACAUGAGUCAUCAGAUCCAGGUUUCGUGUUGAACUAGCUGUCGAUGACGGAAAGGACAGUGCCACUUUUGUGGUCUUUGCCAAAGAGAUGACAAAACUCAUCAACAGAGAGGCAACAAAUCUGGCUCUUGAGCAAGUACAUUGUCCUUUCACAAUUUCUAUUAAAUUUGGCAUAUAAUAUUUUCUCUUACUCUAAAGCCGCACAAAGCCCCCAACCUACCUAAUUGAGAUGAGUGGUGGUGAGGAAUAUCUUGAGGAGCUAGCUGGCUAUGAAUAUGUUUCUCAGCUACGUGUGACUCCCUACAAUUUCACUCCAAAUCACCGUACGUUCAUGUUCACCGUCUCAGCAAUUAGUGAAGACCUCUUAUUUGGCACUCAGGCAGGGGUCCUAAUGUUUCUUACAGUGACAUCAGCAACCCACCUCCAGUCGUUGAUAUGGAAUCUGGAGAAGCAACAGAAUCUGCCAACACCAUGGGUUGGUGGAGAUAUCACCGGGAGUUGGUGAAGCAAGUCUGACAGGUUAUGCUGCCAACGAGAACAAACGUCCCCUGAAGUGAUUCUCGCAAGGCCAUCUAACCGUCAACCCCAAUUAGCUUUUGUUUCAUUUCAAUUGUCUAUUUCAAUAUGUUCUUCUCUCCACUUUGAAGUUGGUUGUCUCUUUGAUUUGCUGUAAACUAUAUUUUAAUUGUGUAAGAAUUACUAUGACUUUAAAUAAUAAAAGGGAGUGUUAACGUGUA